CUGCUACAGAGGUUUCCUUUUCGUUUGAUGUUGGAAAUGGACCUGUGGAAAUCGUUGUCCGGUCUCCCAGCCAGCUCAACGACGACCAGUGGCAUCGGGUCAACGCGGAGAGGAAUGUCAAACAGGCCAGCCUGCAGGUAGACCAGCUGCCGCUGGAGGUGCGGAAAGCACCGACAGAAGGACACACGCGCCUGGAACUGUAUAGCCAGCUCUACGUUGGUGCUGCUGGAGGCCAGCGGGGCUUUCUAGGUUGCAUUCGUUCAUUGAGGAUGAAUGGGGUGACGCUGGAUCUGGAAGAGAGAGCAAAAGUCACACCAGGGGUGAAGCCUGGCUGCUCUGGCCAUUGCACGAGCUAUGGAAUGUACUGCGCAAAUGGGGGCAAAUGCGUCGAGAAAUACAACGGCUACUCUUGUGACUGCUCCAAAACAGCCUACGAUGGACCAUUUUGCAUAAAAGAUGUUGGGGCAUUUUUUGAGGAGGGAAUGUGGCUUCGUUACAACUUCCACUCCCCAGGCACCAGCAUGAAGGACUUAGUUAGCCGGACGCUGUUGAGUUCUACAGACCCUGAGACCACGGUGCCAGACCUCAACUUGAAUAAGGAAGAACUCAGCUUCAGCUUCAGCACCACCAAGUCCCCUUGUGUCCUACUGUACAUCAGCUCGUAUACCCAGGACUAUAUGGCAGUGCUUGUCAAACCAUCUGGGAAUUUACAAAUUCGGUACAGCCUAGGAGGCACCAGAGAGCCAUAUAACAUUGAUGUUGACCACAGAAACAUGGCAAACGGGCAGCCCCAUACUGUUAACAUCACGCGGAAUGAAAGGGACAUUGUGCUCCAGCUUGAUCACUAUCCUCCAACAAGUUACAGCCUGCCAACAGCAUCUGACAUUCAGUUCAAUUCCCCAAAGGCACUCUUCCUAGGAAAAGUUAUAGAAAUUGGUAAGAUUGAUCAAGAUAUAUAUAAAUACAACACACCAGGAUUCACUGGCUGCCUAUCAAGAGUACAGUUCAACCAAAUUGCUCCGCUCAAAGCAGCUCUGAGACCUACCAACGCCUCUUCUCACGUCCACAUUCAAGGCGAGCUAGUAGAAUCCAACUGCGGAGCAUCUCCGUUGACAAUCCCACCAAUGUCGGCCGCUACAGACCCAUGGCACUUAGAUUCGGCCAGUGCUGAUUUCCCAUACAACGGUCAAGCUAUAGGCGAUGGAGUUAACAGAAACUCUGCCAUUAUUGGAGGUGUCAUCGCAGUGGUGAUCUUCACCAUCCUCUGCACCCUGGUGUUCCUGAUCCGCUACAUGUUUCGCCAUAAGGGCACCUACCACACCAACGAGGCCAAAGGGGCAGAGUCGGCCGAGAGCGCGGACGCGGCCAUCAUGAACAAUGACCCCAACUUCACGGAGACCAUCGACGAGAGCAAAAAGGAAUGGCUCAUCUGAGCCCGGGGGGCUGGGGCGUGGGGGUACCAGCCG